AAUCCUAGCUUCAACUCCACCUACUACGGCAGAGACUACCGCGCUGGGGCUGCCCUCCUGCGCGCCCGUCGUCCCUACCUCAUCAAGAAUGCCUUGACCGGUCUCGGUCUCGUCGCAUUCACUAUCAGCGUCUACGCCUACACCAUCCGCGCAGUUGGUCAGGAUGAAUUCUCUGAUGUGAAGGUCCCCGAGACACCCGCGAAGCCUCAGCAGAAGCAAUGA